AUGGCGUCGCAAGUGCCUACCCAGGCGAAUAUCCAGUCCACGCACCCUUUUACCUGCAACACAUGUCAGGUCGCCUUCCGGUCCAGCGAGUUGCAGCGGGCGCAUAUGCAAACCGACUGGCAUCGCUACAACCUGAAGCGCCGCGUUGCCUCCCUCCCGCCUCUGUCCUCCGAAAUCUUCACCGAGAAGGUCCUUGCCAACAAAGCCAGCGCUGCCGCCACUGCCGCCAAGGCUUCAUUUGAAAAGUCGUGCUCCGCAUGCCAGAAAACAUACUUUAGCGAGAAUGCCUAUAACAAUCAUCUCAACAGCCAAAAGCACCGUAUGAAUGUGGCAAAAUCGGCAAAGGGUGCGCACUUGGAUGAUGCCGCCUCCGUGACCGGUUCUAUGGUUAGCUCUGCCUUUUCUCUCGGAGAGUCCAUGGCCGAGUCCGAGGCUACUAUCAAUGGCGAUGCGGAUACUGAAAUAUCUGAUCUCGCUCAUGUUGUAAAGAAGACUACUCUCAACGGUGAAGCUCCCGCGUCAGAAGAGUCCGCUGGAGCCCAAGACGACAAGAGCUCAGUCGCCGCCUCUACCAAGCCUGCUGCUGAUCCUCUACUUGACUGCCUGUUCUGCAACUACAAGUCUCCCAGUUUUCAACUUAACGUCACGCACAUGAGUCGAUUCCACGGCAUGUUCAUACCUGAGAAGGAAUUCCUUGUCCAACCGGAAGAGCUGAUUAAGUACCUGCAUGAGAAGGUGCAUGUCUACCACGAAUGCUUGAAGUGCCACAAGGUCCUCCACACUGCCUCUGGCAUCCAAACACACAUGCGCGACCGCGGUCACUGCAUGAUUGCCUUCGAAACUGAGCUAGAGCUUGUUGAGAUCGGCGAGUUCUACGACUUCCGAAGUUCAUACCCAGACGCCGCCGACUUCAACGAGAGGGAACAGGAGGCUGAGGAUUCAGACGAUUCUUCGUCAACCACAGGAGGUGGAAUCAAGCUUGGAGCGAGACGUGAGACCAAGACGACCACCGAAGACGAUGCUGCCAUGUCUAGCAAUGCUGAAGAAGACGAGGGCUGGGAAACCGACAGCACCGUUUCGAGCGUGCCCACCGAUGAGAUCACAGCUGUCCCCAUCGACCGCAGCCACCGCCACAAGUCCCUCAGCAAGUCCAAGCACCAUAGCCAUACCGACCCGCGUCCGCAUCGCGCAGCAGAUGGCUUCCAUUCGCAUGCUCACCACACACCCCAGGCCGUCUACUACGACGACUACGAGCUGCAUCUGCCUUCCGGCCGCACCGCCGGCCACCGAUCUCUCAACAAGUACUACCGCCAGAAUCUCCGCAACUACCCUGGCGUAGCCGAGCGUAUGGAGGAAGCCCAGCGCCGCGCUAUUCCCGGCGCCCUCCCCGCACCCGAAGACCAAGACGGCGACACCAACAUGGACGGUGCCGACCAGCAAGUCCAACUCCGCGGUCGUGGCCAUGACGUCAAGCGCCAACUUAUCUCAUCCCGCAACAACGGGCUGCACGGCAUGACGGGCGUGACGGACGCGAAGAAGAAGGAAGUCGAAUCUGUAGAGAAGCGAGACCGCCAGAAGGAGCAGCGUGCGAGGAACAGAUAUCAAGCUGGCAACGAGCGGAGGAAUAACCACCAGAAGCAUUUCCGCGAUCCGCUGCUGCAGUAG